AUGGGUUAAUGUCUCAAUUGUUUUAAGAAGAAUCAGGAUUGCCAGCAGGAUGUUGUUUCUUAGCAAGCGAAUACUAAUUCCAAACCUCUCAAUGAGCAUUAAACGGAAACCAUCACCUUCUAUAAGCAAAGCAUUGUUCUUACCAAUGAUUCUCAUAAGCCCAUUGUCACAGACUUCAAAUUGCUCAAGACCAUUGGUAGGGGAAAUUUUGGGAAAGUGCUAUUGGUUCGAAAACGUUCUAACGGAAAAGUGUAUGCUAUGAAGAUUGUAAACAAAUAUGAUCUGCAAGUUAAAAAAUAAGUGGAAUAUGCUAAAACAGAAAGGAUUAUAUUGGAAAAGAUCGAUCACCCUUUUAUAAGUAAACUCCAUUAUGCCUUUUAAACUCAAUAAAAGCUUUAUUAUGUUAUUGACUUUUGCGCAGGUGGGGAAUUGUUCUUCCACUUAAGAAGGGCUUAUAAAUUCAAAGAGAAUUAAGUGUAAUUUUAUGCUGUUGAAAUUAUUAUCGCCCUAGAAUAUUUGCAUGAUUCCAAAAUCUUGUAUAGAGAUCUCAAACCAGAAAACAUCCUCUUAUGUUCUGAUGGCCAUAUCAAAUUAAUUGAUUUUGGAUUAUCUAAAAUUAUCAGCAAUCGAGAUAAACCAUCCUUUUCCAUCGUAGGAACUCCAGAAUAUCUCGCCCCUGAAGUAUACUCCGAUGAUAAACUUGGCCAUGAUGAGUCCUGUGAUUGGUGGAGUUUGGGAGCUCUGAUGUACGAAAUGUUAACUGGGGCUGCACCUUUUUAUAGUCAAGAUCGAACCCUCAUGUUCAGAAAUAGAACUGAAAAGCAAACAGAGAUGAAACCUUGGUUUUCCGAAGCCUGUUCGAGUUUGCUCACAGGAUUAUUAAAUAAUAAUCCUAAAUAAAGAAUUAAUAUAUAAUAAAUUAAAAAACAUCCAUUCUUUUCAGAUAUAGAUUGGAAUUAAGCCUAAAAUCGCUAAUUGGUACCUCCCAUUAUCCCAGAAUUAAAUGAUGAAUUAGAUUUAAGAUAUUUUAAUAAAAUGUUUUUGGAUGAACCUCCAAUUGAUAGUCCAGUUAAUAAAAAAGAACAAUUUGACAAUUACGAUUAUUUUACUUACAAUUCAGAAGUAUUAACAGAAUCUUGA